CAAAUUUGAAAGUAAAGGACUAGCGCGGCAAAGAAAAAUAGCGGCAAUAUUUUUUGAGCGCUUUUUAAUGAUAAGAACCUUCUUUUUAGGUUUAAAGCUCCUUAAAUUUUUUAACUACCUUGGAAGAUUCUCCAGGAUAAACCUAAUUGUCAUUGAAGAAUAUUCAAUCAAGUAGCAGCAGUUGAUCAGAUUUAUUACUCCUCGUUUCGUGUGAUUCCGAUUUGUCGUGAUGGCUAGCACUGCUCGUUGUAUAGGUAAAGUAGCCGUACUAAACAGUAAAGGGGUUAGAAGAAAUAGCUUUGCCACAUCGGCCUCUAUAAUGACGUUUGGCAGUAAUGAAUCGUGUGAUGUACGCUUGCUAAAACCGCACAUACCAGACUUGUUUUUCUCAUUGAUAAUUAACUACAAUAACAAAACGGCCUAUAUCAGAAAGGAAGCCGAAUCCGAAAAAAGAAAUCUUUUGGUCAAUGACAAACCAAUAAGGGAAGAAACGGAAUACUAUAUUAAAUCGGGGGAUAAAUUUGGGGUGGACGGCGGCUUUUUCAUUUUCGACUUUGAUAAUAAACAGCGAAGAUCGUCUUGUUGCGUUACGCCACUAGAGGAGGAUAUGGCACAAUUCAGAGAUGAUAUUAAAGAUACUCCAAAAGGUAAAAAAGCUGAUCAAGUUGUAACCAAGCUAUCGAAAAAUCGAGCAAUGAUAGAGAGUAAUCAAAUUGAAAGGGUUGAUGAUAACUUCGAUGCAAAAACACCUGGCUUUAAAUCUGUUUCAUUUGCUCCAGAAGUCUCACCUGAGAUAUUUGAUAAACGACUUCCUCCCAAUACUCCUAUUAGGAGAGGAUCGGCACCUCCUCAAAUUGUAGGGAGUGCAUCAAAGAGAUCGUCACUUAAAGCGCCAGUUGCCACGAGUUCGAUUAAUGAUUCUGAGAAUGCUGUCCCUCUCCAUGCGAUAGAAACAAAGCGUCGCUCGGAAAGAUUUUCCAAGUCAAACACGUCGCUGAUAAACCCAUCAUUAGGUUCCAUUAUGGAAUCACCUGUUUCUGAUGAUGGGAACAAUGAUGUAGCUAUAACAGAGAGCGAAUUAGAUAAUCCACAAGAGAAUGACAGCAAGCAAGCAGUUGAGAGGGAAGGAAAAGACGAAGUUGACGAUCUACAACUAGAAAUGACACCAAAAAAGCUAAAAAGUGGACCAACAACACCAAGUAAAAAGUGCCCAAUACCUUUAAGAGAUUUUACAGAAACAUUACAAGAGAAGAGCGAAGGCAAGGUCUCGCCUGAGAUAACCGCAACUAAACCCGAACCCCGAAAAACCCCAGAAAAGCGAAGAUCACUUAGAGUAACAGAGAAGAAACUAAAUGAAGAAAAAGAACUGAAAAAUGAAGAGAAGGAAGUGAAGAAUGAAGAAAAGGAACUGAAAAAUGAAGAGAGGAAAGUAAAGAAUAAAGAAAUAGAACUGAUGACUGAGGGAAAGAAAUUAAAUGAUAAAGAGAAGGAAGAGUCUGAGAGUAUCAAUGUGGAAGAAAAAUCAGAUGAUCACAUUGAAGCAUCGUCAGAAAUAAAGCACAAAAGUGUAAAGUUGGUAGUUCCAAGUCCCGAGAGAAAACAGAUGACUCCUGACGUAAAUGUUACACCGAAAGCAUCCACAGCAGAUGAUGAAACUAUGUCAAAACGGAGAAGUUCCUCUCGUAGGAAAAAAAGCCUUCCAAGAACUCCAACGCCUGCAGUUCGAAGAACAAGAUCUACCCUUUCCGAGACGUAUGGAUCGGAUAUGGAUAAAAUUGAGGAAUCAAUAGAAGAAGAAGCUGAGAGUGAAUCUAAUCAAAUUUUAAAUCCAGAAGAGGAAGGAACACCAAAGAAAAAAGGUUCUCUGAAUGAAGAGCCUUUAAGCCCUUCAAGUUUGCCAUGUAAGUUAGACUUAUCUGAUUCACAAGAUGAAGAUGAGAAAGACGAAAACAAUGCGAAGCCUGAUUAUGAUAAAAUUGAAAUCGAAGUAAUGGAUACUGAAACAGCCGAGGAAAAAGAGGAUAGUGACAAGGAAUCGUUAGAACCUUCCUAUGAUAAUGAAGUGUACGAAGAAAAAUCAGAGGACACUAUGGAAACUGGAACUUCCAAUAGUGAAGAAAAUGGGAAAGAAUCAGAAUCGGAGGUAAUUGAUACUAACAAAUUAACAAAGAAGGAAAGAGAUGAGGUCAGAGCAAGACGUCGAUCAAGCUUUAGUGUUCGAGAGGAGACUACUAAAACUCCAAAUGCUUCUCGCAUGGUUGCAAUGAGAGCCAUUAAAGGAGUAAAUAUACACAAACCAAAAGCGCCAAAAACGGAUAAAAGACAGUCUAAAACACCUAAAACACUAUGGUCACACGUAAUUACUAAAGGAUUGGAUGAAGCGGCUUUCAAAACAGAAGAAUUAAAUAAAACAGAAAAAUUAACAUCGAAAGUAAAAUCUAAGAAAAGUCGAAUGGAGAAAGAAAUAUCUAAAACCCCCGCUAAUAUUCGUAUGAAAUUGGGUGCAGCUGCUUCUACUGGUCAUGCGGAAUCACCAUCAACUAUUUACAUUAAUAAGAAAAUUUCAAGCCAUAUAAAGUUAAAUGAUACUGAUAGUAACACUAGUAGUAGUGAGAUUUCCUACUCUGACCUACCACCAACCCCAGAUCCUCCAAGUAGUCCGAAUGUAUCACCGCUGUCUGUAUGUAGAAAAAGUACAUCUCCUUCUACUUCAGCGAUGCUAAGAACUGUAGAGGAAGGAACUGUUACAAUUUCGGCAUCUCCAAAAUUAAUUUCUCAAAAGAAUGAAGAAGAAACUAAAACAGAAGAUGUUUACUAUUAUGGUGUCAGGGAAGUGUUCAAUCCCAAAAAUGAAAAGACUCCCAGAGUAAUAAGAAUUAAAGAGCUCUUCUCGUCAAACGAAGACGAAGUUCGCCAAUCGCCUAAACUGAAUGGUUUAAGAAAUUUGCUUUUAACUCCAAAAAUUAAAGCUUCUAUUAAUGAUAUCGAGAAAAAUUACGUGGGCAUUAAAGAAUUACUUCACGAAGAAUCGAUUCAGAAUUCUCCAGUUUUAAUAGGAGUAAAAGAGUUGCUGAAAGUCGACAAAGAAAAGGUUGAUAAAGAAUUGGAUAUUCGCCCACUAUUUCAAGAGGAUGAAACAGUGCAAAAUUCACCAGAUUUAAGAGGUAUUAGGGAGAUGUAUUUGGAGCAGACUAAGGAUUCGGAUAUAGAUGACAGUGUCCUAGAAAGUAUCCCAACGAUGUUCGAAAGGAACGGGCCGCCGAUAGAAAUGCAGGAUCUUGAAGAUGAUAAUUCUUCUAGCACGAUGAACGAGGACGCUUCGUCGCCAACAAAAAGUGAUCAGAAAAGAAAUGUACGUUUCGCUGAGUUUAAUGAAGUUUUCCCAGUAACUCCACAUAAAUUAAAAAGAUCUGAGAGAGUAAAAAAUAUGCAGGUAUCCCCCGAAGAGGAGGAGGAAGAUCCUAUGGAGGAGUUUGACGAGCAGCCGAAGCCAAAGAAGAAAAGGGUAGCUAAGGGUAGGGGUAGAAAGGCUAAAGUCAAGAGCGCUUCAGAUGAAGAUACAGAGACUAAAUCAGUAAAGAAAGCGAACACGCGACGAAAAAAGAUACAGGAAAAAGACGAUAAGUAUAACAAAACUGAAGAAAAUGAAUUAAUUGUAGAUAAAAAUAAAAAUGCUGAGUUGGAGGAAGAAAAGAAAGAAAAUUCGCCUUCAAAAGUUGAGGAAACACCUAUAGUAGAACAAAUUUUAACGAAAGAGGACAAAAAUGAAGAAAAAGAUAACGAGGAAUCGAGUAAAAAUAUCGAGAAAAUUCCUGAAAAAAUUGAGAAAAAGAAGCAAACGCGUCGCAAAGUUAAAGCUAAAGCUAUGGAGGAAGACGUAAUUGACAAACAGAGUACCGAAAAAGAGGAAAACUCUGAAAAAGAUCUACCUUUGUCAACGCCUCAAAAAGAUCCCAAGGUUACUAAAUUAACAGAUAAACUAGCUGAUUCUCCAGCUCGCAAUACUCGACGACGAGCAAAAAUGCUAAAAGACGAGGAAAGCCUUGAUUCAGGAUCUGUGAAGAAAGCUAAUAAAGUUUUAGAACUACCUGAUGAUUCUGAGCCUGUCAAUAAACGAGUAAGCAAAAGAAACCUCAAAGAAGCCGAUACCAAAGUGAAGAAAGCUGGAAGGUCUAAAACACAUAUGGAAUCAAAAGAUGAAGCAGACUGCGUUGAAGAACCUAAGAAGAAGAGUCGAAUUGUAAGAAAAAAUAAAAAGGUAUCUAUCCCUGAUGAAGUGAUAGUGAUCUCUGAUACGGAAGAUACACUAGCAGAAGUAAAAAAGAAAGCUCCUCGUAGAACAGCAAGAAAGCCUGCUUCUGAGAAAAUGACCGAAGAAGACUCAACAGAGAUGGAAAAACCAACAUCGAAAGCAGAUAAAUAUGUCGAUAAUAGUACAUCAAAAUCGCCAAAUGAAAAAUUUAAAGGUAGAAAGAGAAAGAAUAUAGAGCCGAUUAUAUCGUCAGAGAAGGACUUGACCGAUUCCGUAUCUCCAUCACAGUCGAAAAAAACAACAAGAGGUGGCAAGCAAACCAAAAAUAUUUUGCCUGAAGAGGUUGCUGAGCACGAAGACGAAAGUAAGCAAAAGAAAGCCCCAGCCAGAGGUAAAAGAAAAGCCAAGAUGGAGAGUCAGGAAGUGGUUCCAGAUAAAAUUGAAGAAGAUAAGAAGAGGCCUGUAAGAAGCUCUAAAAGAUCAAAGCCUACUGUUGCUGUAAUAUCGGAGGAGGAGGAGCAUGGAAAGACCUCAGUGAAAAAAUCGUCGACGAAAGGAAGAAAGAGAAAACCUUCCGGGGAUGAAUUGGAAACUCGGUCCAUCAAGCAAAAAACAACUGAAGAAGUGCAGGAAAAGCCUAGAGGAAGAGGGCGACCGAGAAAGCAGAAAUAG